AUUUGGACAAGAUCUGGUCCAGAAGCCGAUAAAUAACAUCGAUGGCACCCAAAGCACCGUUGAAGAGUCGGAACCAACGGGGGAUUCUCGAAUGGCAGUGGAAAUACUCACUCGACAAUCAACGGUCUUAUUGGAAACUCGCGAACGCCUCCCUGAAGCUUUACUCAGUUAUGGCAAAGGGCAAGACUAUCGAAGAGUUCAAGCAGAGCAACAUAACGACAUCACUCUGGAUCUUAAACGCGUGUUCUUUGCCUUGGAUAUACCAUCCGAUGCCUCACCGGGCUUCAAUAUCUCAGUAGAUGGACAUGGAACGGGUGGGCUGCAGUGGCGGCUGCGAAUAUGCCUUUUGGUCGGGGGUGGUAAUUACAGUCUUGAUUCUUUGGGUGCGGAUGGUGAAUUAUCAGAAAACCAUCGCACUGUGAGAACGACAGACAUUUCUCCAGAGCAGCCUUCUUUUCAGUAUCCGUCAAGUCCUCUAUUUGGGUGUCGAAAUUCGCAUUCUUCUUCACUGACAGAGGCCACAAGAGAUCGGGUACGCGGAGCAGUCGACUAUGUGCGUCUCGCCCAGCAACUCGACCUCUGCACGUUCCAAUU